AUGCAGCGGGCGUAUGCUGCAGCGGCGACCAACGGCGCAGCGGUCCCUCCUCCCAACCCGGCCGCCUACUCGCACCAGCCAGGACCGCCGCCUCCUCCUCCCGGCGCUCCUCCUCCUCCACCACCCCCACCUCCUGCACUUGCGCCGCCCCACAGCGACCCUGCGCGCGCCCCGCUCCACCCAGCCGUCGACCCGGCCGUCUCGUCGCGCCCCGGCUCGCAGUCGAGCACCUCUCGCACGCCCGCCGACCCGAGCUCCGGGCCCGCCGCCGGCACGCCAGCCCUGCGCUCGCCUCGCGCCCUCGCCGCUGCCGCCGUGCCCGUCGAGCCCGCUGCGCCGCCUCGCGUCCGCACCCGGCUCGGCGGCUUGCGCGCCGACCCGUGGGUGCGCGCGCCGUCGCCCUCGCUCGACGAGCUCGCCGCCGCGGCUCGCGCCGUGCAUCCUCCCGUGCCGGUGCGCGACGCGAGGUCGUACGUCGGGUGCUCGGACAUUGCCGAGUACGAGAAGCAGGGCAAGCUCGGCGAGGGGACGUUCGGCGUCGUGUGGAAGGGCCGAGGACUGCGUGUGCGGCAUGGCGACGUCGUGGCGCUCAAGCAGAUCAUCUUCCAUAACGAGGGCGAUGGUAUGCCCAUCACGUCGAUCCGCGAGAUCCGCCUGCUCAAGAUGCUCGACCACCCCAACGUCGUCCCGGUCGUCGACAUGGCGUACGAGCCCGCCGACCCGACGGCGUUCGUCAAGGCGGCGACCUACAUGGUCUUCCCGUACAUGGACCACGACCUCGCCGGCCUGCUCGAGAACAGCUCGGUGCGCCUCGAGGAGCCGCACAUCAAGCAGUACGCCAAGCAGCUGCUCGAGGGCACGGCCUACCUGCAUCGUAACCUCAUCCUGCAUCGCGACAUGAAGGCGGCCAACCUGCUCAUCAACAACGACGGGCGCCUGAUGAUCGCCGACUUUGGCCUCGCCCGCAGCAUCGACAGGCCCGGCACACUCUCACUGACUCGGCGACGACGCACACGCACGCAGAUGUACACGAGCACGGUCGUCACGAGGUGGUACCGGCCGCCCGAGCUCCUCCUCGGCGAGCGCCGGUACCACACGGCCAUCGACAUGUGGGGCGUCGGCUGUGUCCUCGGCGAGAUGUACCACCGCAAGCCGAUCUUCCCCGGCGAGUCGGACUUUGACCAGGCCUUCAAGAUCUUCUCGUACUGCGGCAUGCCAACGGCUGAGAGCAUGCCUGGGUGGAGCAAGCUGCCCGGCGUCGAGGGC